GAUAUUAUAUAUAUUUAAAUAUUGUACCUAUUUUCUAUCCAACACCAACAACAAUAAUAAAAAUACUAUAAUAAUGUUAUCGCUUUAAUGCGAUGUUCGGUGUGUGGUGGGUCGAUCAUAUAUCUAUAUUUUUGUGGCAGACAAACAUUGCUAACUUUACUACUUAGUACUUUGGUACUUUAGUACAUGAAUACAACUUAAAAGGGCCAUAUUAAAAAUCUGAUAAUAAUAUUUUAUGUGUUGAGUGUUUAUUUAAAAUUUUAAACAUUGUUGCCGUUUAAACGAUGGACUGACGGCGCUUUGACGAAUUUUAAAAUGCUGAUUUUUUACCAUAGUUAUUAAUUAAUCAUUAAUUUAAGGAUCAAGGCAUUCGCGCACCGACUCACCGCGUUUAUCACUCGACCAAUCGUGCGGAGAUAAACAAACGAAACGGAUACGUUCCCAACUUUGACGAAUCGCCCAUAUCAACAACAAUAUUAUAUUAUAUUAUAUUUUUAUUUUAUUCAACUUACUUAUAACAAAAUAUAAUAAUAAUAAUUGUAUAUUGUAUUAAAUUUAUUCCAAACGUAAUUAAUGCUUUGUUUACUAUAUCAGUACCGUAAUUAUAUAAAUAAAUUCAUAAUUGUAAGUGAUUAGUUAAGUUUUACGCGUAAUAAAUUAAACCAGUUACCGAUACACAUUUGAGCUUUGGAUGUUAUGAUGGGCGAUGUGACUGCUGAAAGUCCUCCUGCUGAUGAUUUAAAUAACUCUGGUUCUUCUUCUUCUUCGUCGUCCGAUUCUGAUGGUGAAUCAAGUAGUUCUUGUACCAGUUCUUGUUCUUCUUCCUGCUCUGAAACACAUAAAAACCAGUGCAAAGACUCCAGUUUUCCUAAUUGUGAUGAAGAUAUCCCAGAAGAUACAGAUAUUCCACAGUCAAAUGGUCAGUCUGAAUGGAUGGUUUGUCAGCUUUGCCUGUACAAAGUGAAAACGCCUUUACAAUUAAAACAACACAUGCGAAUGCACACUGAACAUAAAGUACAUCGUUGUGCCAUAUGUAAUAAAACAUUUGAACAAGCAACUCGACUAGAAAAACAUAUAGCCAUACACUGUGGCGCAGAUAAUCGUUUUGAAUGUUCACUUUGUGGCAAAGUGUAUAAACUUCGAACUCAAAUUGUCAGCCACAUAGCGGCUCACAAAAAACAAAAUGCUGGGCGUCGUAUAUCAUAUACAUGCCACAUUUGCACUAAAAAAUUUUCAAACAAGUCAAAACUAAAAGAACAUGUAUCAGGACAUGAAAACGGAACACUGCAUUCAUGUGAUGUUUGUGGCCGAACUUUUAAAUUAAAUUCUUAUCUUGUUGUCCACAAAAGAACACAUGAAAUGAAUGUAUCUUAUACAGGAGAUAAACCAUUCACCUGUUCGCUGUGUAAUAAGUCGUUUUUGAGCAAAAGUAACCUUGAUCUACACAUGUUGGUGCACAAUUACGUUAAAAAAGCAUCGUAUAGCUGUGACAUAUGUGGAAAAAUAUUUAUGCGCAAAUAUAACUUUGAUGCUCAUGUUAAAAUACAUGAAUAGUUUGUAAGUUUUUACCAUUUCAACUAACUUAUUAUUGCCACAAAAUUCUCCAUUAUGCACUAAAGCCGUUAUAAUUUUUAUUUUUUGUGAAUUUUUGUUUUUGGAAACUAAAAAGCAUUAUUUUUUAAAUAUAUUAUGUAUAAUAAUGGCUUUUUGAACUAAUGUUUUGGUAAUUUUAUUAAUAUUUCAAUUAUUAUCUCAUAAUUUUCCUUUAUUACAAUUCUUGUAAAACAAUACUGGAUAAUAUAAAAUCUGUACACACAAAUUUUUGCUGUUAAUUGGGGAAAAUAAUUUACCAAGCUAAAAACUCUCGAUUUCCAUUGUGACCAUAAAAUAUUUAUAACUGUUUUCUUAGUAUUUAUUAUUGAUUUUCCACACUCAUUUAUUUAUAAAAAAAAUAUAUAUUGUAUAACAAAUGUAUGUCUCAUAAAUAAUGUAUAAAUCCAGUAUGUAUCCAAGUAACUAGAAAAUAAUGUUCCAAUAUAUUAAUUUAAGUCCAUUUAUAUUAUGUAUAUAGUGAAAACAUAAAUCGUACAAAACCAUAGUUUAUUUAAAUGUUUAUUAUUUAUUUUAUUUUAACGUGUAUUAUAAAUUGUAUUUAAGUGUAUUUUAUGUUUAAUUCAGAGACUAAACUUUUGUUCUUCAGUAUAAUCAGAUUUUAAACAAAUAGUAUUGCUAAGAAUCAUAUUAGACAGACAAUUUUUUGUAAUUAUAUAAACUUCUAGAAAAAUAAUGUAAUGAUUUUAGUAUAGAUUGUAUAUCUUUUUUAUUGUAAUACGUUUGUAACCAUUCCAAGACAAAAUGUCUAUUGAAAUUAUAUUGUACUAUUUAUUGUGUAUUUUCUGACGUAUUCUAUAUAAUAUAUUUUAUGUAUAUCACUAAAAUAUACACAUUAUAAUAUUGUAACCAAACUUUGAAAACUUAAAUUGUUUGACAUAAUGAUAUGAAAUAUUUAUUCAUUUAUUUUAUAUAAAAAAAAAUUGUAUUCAGAUUUAAAAAUGAUAUUGCUUUUUAAUAAUCAAAUAUUAUAAAAAAAAGUUUUAUUAAUUAUUUGAGGCAUUGUAUUUUAUUUUUUCUUACCAAUGAAUAUACCAUUAAUUUCUUUUUGAAAGUAACUCUAAACAAAAUAAAAUAUUUACUCUUACUAUUAGCUGUAAUAUUAUGAUUGUUUAGUACUUUAGGAUUGCUGUUAGCUAAAAGUUAAUGAGUAAAUAAUUUGUAUUGUUUUUAUUUUCAUGUUGUAUUUUGUAUUUAUUCACAAGAAUAUAUUAAAACUUUAAUUGUUUACUGGUAGUACAUACCAUGUUUAAAUGACCGUAAUGUGUGAAAUCAAAAAGAAUUUUACACAUCUUCUUGUGAGUCACGUUUGAUUAAGAUAUGAUUGGUAAAAAAUAUAUAAUAAAUUAUGUGUAUUUAA